AUGGCUACAAGCAGUUCGUCCCAUUCAGGUGUCGCCACUAUUGAGCCAGCAGUAUCUGCAAGGCGUCUUACUUCUCCUCAAGCAUCGAAAUCAGUUCAACCUCGACAAGGUUCCAUAUUACAUCAGACAGCAUCAGGAUCAGGUGGAGCUAGUCAAUAUGUAAUAACAACUGCACCAUCGACUAGUACAAGUGGAGAUCAAUCUCAAACUUCUGGUCAACCAGGAAGAGUCAUUAUUGCCACUGCUCAAGCAGCAAACUCAAAUUCUGUACAAGCAGCAACAUCGAAUACAUACACAAAUGGUAGUGGAUUUUCAAAUGGAGCACCAGUUCAAUUUCAAUUUAAUACAAGUGAUGGAACAUUAUACACUGGAACAAAUUCAUUUUUUCAUCCACAACAAAAUCAAUUAGUAGCUGAUUCUACUGCUUUGAUUAAACAACAGUGUUUUGUUUAUCAUGAUCUGGCUGGAAAUGAGUUAGAGUCAGAUAAUUAUGAAAAUCUUGAUUUGUCUCUAUCUCAGCAAAAAACGACGCCUAUUGGACCUCAAAUAUUUAGAUUACAAUCCACAAGCUCCGGUGAUGGAUACAGUCAUCAUAUUUUAUCAUGUGAAAAUGGAAAUGGUGCAUUUACUUUUCUUCAAGAUGGAAACUCAGCCCAAACUUUAGCUCAUACGACAAGAGCAUCACCUGCUACAGUUCAAUGGUUAGUGGAUAAUUUUGAACCAGCUGAAGGAUGUUCAUUGAGAAGAUCAAUAUUGUACUCAUUUUAUUUACAACAUUGUCAAGAACAAAAAUUGGAACAAGUUAAUCCAGCAUCAUUUGGAAAGUUGAUACGAUCCGUUUUUUUAGGUUUAAGAACACGAAGAUUAGGGACUAGAGGUAAUUCCAAAUAUCAUUAUUAUGGUAUUCGUUUAAAAGCCUCAUCUAGUCUUAACGAAUAUACGGAUAAAAAUGGUGGAUUAACAUUUAAAGGACAACAUCAUUUUGGAAGCACAAAUACAAAAAAACGUGGAGUAUUAUCUCAGUCAAAUGCACAUAGUAAUAGCUCAUCAUCAUCAUCACCUACACAUUGUGGUGGACUACAAGAUCAAUCGUAUUCAUCUGAAUCUGAUACAAAAUUAAAUUUACAACGAUCACAGUUUACUCAAGAUACGAAUUCUCUCAUGUUAUAUGAAAAUAUUCAAAUUGAUUCAUCAUUAGUAUUACCUGACUGUUUAACAUUAGCCGAUUUACGACGAUUUGAAGAUUCAUAUAAAGAACAUUGUGCUAAACUAUUUGACGUCAUUACAAAUUUUCAAUUUACAUCUGUUGAACAAAUAUGGGCAAGUUUUUGGAAAUCAACACAAAGUAAUCAAGGCGAUAAUAGUGAUCAGUCAUUAACAACAUAUCAACUUUUAAGCGUAUGUUCAUUGACAUUAGUUCAAGAUUUUAUUCGUCAAUGUGAUUAUACAUUUUAUCAACAAUUAAUUGAGCGACUUAUACCAGAUAUACUUAGUCCAAUGCCUGGUCCAAUAACUCAAUCUAUUCGCACAUUUGGCAAAUCGUUGGAUUCAUCAUUGAAAUUAGUUAUCUCUCAUAUGCCUGAAAGAUUAAAAACGAUUAAAUUAUCAAUUGUCAAUUCAUUCUCAAUGACUCUUCGUCGAUAUACAUCAUUGAAUCAUUUGGCUCAAGCAGCCAAAGCUGUCUUACAAAACUCACAACAAGUUCAACAAAUGUUACAAGAUUUAAAUAAAGUCGAUUUUAAACAUAUACAAGAACAAGCAUCAUGGGUUUGUGAAUGUGACGAUUUAAUUGUAUCACGUGUUGAAAAUGAUUUUAAACAACAGUUACAAUCUCAGUUAACUUUGGAACAAUGGGCACAAUGGCUAGACGGAGUUGUUGUCGAUAUUCUUAAACCUUAUCAAACGCAAUCACAUGCAGCAUAUGCGAAAAUGGCUAAACAAUUCUUACUUAAUUGGUCGUUUUAUUGUUCAAUGGUCAUUCGUGAUCUGACAUUACGUAGUGCAGCCUCAUUUGGAUCAUUUCAUUUAAUUCGUUUACUUUAUGAUGAAUACAUGUUUUAUUUAAUUGAACACAAAAUUGCUGCCUUUUCACAAAAGACACCUAUUGCCAUUAUGGCCGAAGCAAAUUUGGCUUCAAAAUUGAGUGUGUAUGAUGGUGUUGUUCGACCGUCAUCGACUCAAACAAUAUUGAAUGAUCCAUCAACAAAUGGUACAGGAGUUAUGCCUGAGAGACGAAAUUUUAUUUCUAAAGUGGCUUUAAUUAUUAAAAAGUCAUCAACAACGGUCGAUGGACAACAAAAUGGAAAUAACGAUCAAAAUCAGCCCAAAAUUGUUCAAAUAUCUACUGAAAAUUUACCAUUAUUCAAUAAAGUAUUUACACCUUCUUUAACUACUACAGUGGCUUCUACUGUAGAGACAAAGCCGAUCGAUGAUCAAUUAUCGUCUGCAUCAUCUUUGCCUCGUCCAAUUCUCCAUGAAAACGAUAAUCAAUUCGAUGAUUCUCAAGAACAACUACCAACAAAAAAAUUAAAAAGUUAA